AUGAAGCACAUUGUGCAGCUUAUGCUUCUGGCAUAUGCAAUGUGCUUUUCAAGAGACAUCAUCUCAACAAACCACUCGAUGAACACAAUAAGAUAUAUGACAGCGCAUCAAUCUCCGCAUUUCCUUGCAGUGAUGUAUCCACAGGGUGUUAUUCCGCAGCUGAUAGGAGUGCCUGUCCAUGGAGUGUUUGAAGCAGUGUAUGAACAAAGGAAGGCUCUGGUGGUGGUCUUUCGUAUGAACAGAAGAUGUGCAAUUGAUGUUACGUGUGAGAAGCAGCUUUGCAGAGUGUGGGAGUAUUCGCCACACAUUGAAGAGGGAGUGGUGAUCAGGUCAUUUGGGAUAGUUGGUGGGCAAGUAGUGUGGACAGAUGUGAUGACGGAUUGGAUUGUGAUUCCGGACUUUACUGUUCAGUUUGUGGCGUUCAAUAUAUUUGGGAUUGUUCUUACGCUGAUGCUGAAGGUGUAUUGUGCACCACAGAAGCCUGAGAGAGCAAAAGCCAAAGAUAACGAAUGA